GAGAAGAAGAAAAAAGAAACAAACCAAAAUAAAGGAGUGUACAAUUGGCAGCAGAAAAAUAUUUAUAAAAUUCAUUCGAACUGCAUUAUACAGUCAUUCAAUACCAGGGACUAUCCUUAACUUGGAAUGCAUCGUUCUGAACCAUCUUGUCAUUGCAACAAAGUUAAUUUGUAACGAGCGACUACAAAAAGUUCAACUGCUUGGAAAGUGGAAAGUGUUGCGAGUGAACAAUCGCCAUGUACUCUGAGUGGGCUUCGCUGUCAACACAGAUUAGUGCCAAUAGCUGUGGUGCGCAAUGCUUUAGUGUUUUAAAUAAGUUUCCCGCAUCUGCUGGACGGGAAGUGGUUAUUUCUGUGGUAAAACAAUUAGGCACAAAUUUGGGAAUCACGCAGAAUGCAGAACCUAGCCACUUGGUCAAGGAUGAAGAGGUCAAAUGGUGCAUGGAUGUCAUUUGCUUUGGUCUCUCGUUGCCGCUUCAGGAGCAUGAAACCAUCAAGGAUUGCGUCAAUGUUUAUUGCGAGUGGUUGACGGCUUUGCAUCCGCAGCCUCGCAUAAGCGUUCCCAAACCCAUUUGUGAGGAUGCGAAUCUCUAUGCCAGGCAAAUCAUCAAUCAUUUUCACAAUCUCUUUGUGCCGCGCCAGGGUGAAAGCAGUGACACUAUCAAGCGUCAGGCUGUUCUUUGUCAUCGCGUACUGCGAACUCUUCAGCAAACUGCUCAAAUAUCACAGCAAAUGGAUCGUCAAACUUGGGACACACUGCUGCUGUUCCUGUUGGCCAUCAAUGAGAUUCUAUUGGCGCCACCAACGGUGAAAGAUGAUGUUGGCGACCAGUUAUGCGAAAGAGUGAUCUCUGUGCUCUUCGAGGUGUGGUUGUUGGCCUGCGUGCGCUGCUUUCCAUCGCCCUCGUUGUGGAAGACCUUGCAGGAGUCGUGUGCCAUGUGGCGUCACCGCGUUGCUCUGGUGGAUCAAUGGAACCGUGUCAAUUUAGCAUUAACGGCACGUUUGCUUGAGUUCAGUUACGGACCCGAUUUUACUCAACUCAAGAUUGCCGACGAGGAUAGUCAGCUUAUACCUGCGGGCAUGUCUAACGACUGUGUGGCACAGACUUGGUAUCGCUUCCUACGCAUGAUCGGCAAUCCCACAGCACUAUGCUCUCCGCAUUUGAUUAGCAAGUCCUCGCACUUUGUGCAAUGGGCGCUGACGCAUGAGAAGGGCGCUGAAACACAUCAACAUCCGUGCCUGCAAAUGCUGCCGCAGAUCUUUCUCAAUGCUAUUAAGGGAAUCUCCAGUCAAGUUGAUGCAUUUUUGGGCGUUUAUCAGCCAGCAGCUAAUCAGCAGGACAACGUAGUUACGAAUCUGCUUGAGAUACGGCACUCCCUCAACGAGGCCACCUCGUCCACGCUUCAGCAAUUCAUACACUCGAGCAGCGUUUCAAAUAUUAGCACUCAACAAGCUGGACAGCAGCAGCAUCCGCAUCCGCAUCAUCACCAUCAUCUUCCGCAUUUGCAUUUACAUGGCGCUGGUAGUUUUCUGCGCGACAACUUUGUCAGCAGCUCGGCUAGUUCUGCUUUAAAUGCCAUCAUGGGCCACCAUCAUCAGCAGCAACCACAAGCCCAGGCAACAGCAGUAGCAGCAGCACAAACUCAAGGGCAUCUCAGCCAUGGCCAUGCGUCUCCCACCAACGUUUGCCACGGACCAUCAACGUCAACAGUCCCUGUGGGCAGCGUAAGUGCAGGUGGCAGCCACUCAGCUGGCGUGGUAGGCUGCAUUUCGUUCACUCCAGCUGAGCCAAUGCUAAUGCCAUUGGCGAACUCGACUAGCAACAGCAGCUGUGUGACGCCAACGCCGCCUCUUCAGCGUCGCUUAGCCAAAAGUUUCAGCGUAGCUCCGUCUAUAACGCAGCAGAAGGGCUUAAGCAAAACUGCGCUUAUCAGUCUAACACGCAGUUCGGCGAAUGCGGCGGCCCCCACAACGCCAACUUCAGGUCCGCCCUCAUCGAGCAGCAUCAAUUCGUUGCCAUCCAUUGGAACUGAAGUACGGACGACGUUGUCUGUGGCUCGUCCAAAGUGCAACAGUAUUCUGCAUUUAUUUGGCGAGUGGUUGUUCGAGGCAGCGCACAUAGGCGGCGACACUUGGUUACAGAACCGUAAGAGACAAGCAUGUGAAGCCAGCAAGCGACCGUCAUCAAUGAUAAUGGAAAAUCGCAAGGGCUCAAUAUCGCUUUCACAGCCAAAUUCACUGAACGACCCGUCAUCAUUACCGCCCACUCUGACCAUAGACAAGUAUGAAUCUGGCCGUGCUGAAGCUAUCGGCACUCUGUGUAAGAUUUUCUGUGCCAAGAAAACGGGAGAAGAGAUCCUGCCAGUCUAUUUGGCCCGCUUUUAUAUGGCACUGCAGCAGUGCCUAAAGAUUACCGAGUCGAAAGAAUGCGAUGAAACAUUGGCGAGUAUUUUGCUGCACUCAGCCGAUUUAUUCCGUUUGGAUCUGGAUGGCAUUAAUGUGCUACUACCUGGCUAUAUAGCUGCAUUGGAAAUUGUGCUGCCCGACAAGGACUUGAAGCUAAAAACUCAGGCAACCGCAUUUAAUCGAACUGAUCUGCGUCGCUCAGCAAUUAACAUUCUUCUGUCGAUUAUGGUGCUUCCCCUUCACUACCACAAUUUGCCUAUCCGGAAUUUGACUUCGGACUCAAAUGAAAAGCCGCUGACUUUCAUUCAACUUAAAGCGCGCUUGAUGAAUAUUUUAAUGAAUGCCCUGCAAGUUGAGACGGAUGCUCAGAACACUCAUAUGCUGCUUGGCGGAUUGUUGCUCUGCGUCCAGGAUGCGGUUACUUUCGAAGAGUGCGAGUUAAGCGGCAAUGAGCAUUUAAGCGGACCAACUGGUCAAAAUCAUGAAGAUAAUUUGCUUAGCUCCGCCUACUCGGAGCGUUCCGCUUCGUUAGUCAGCGGCACAGUAAGCUUUGGUGGGCAAACCCCAGCAAUGAGCUCGCGUGACACAGCCUCAGCUCACGAGUAUCCGAGUCUGACUAUAUCCGAUGAUAUAUCGGUGGAUUUUACACAUGAUUUCGAGAGCAUUGCAUCAUAUGAUAACGCACACGCUUUGUUUGUACGGGCUACUUAUUUGGUUUGCCACCGCCUCAUUUCCUCGUGGAAAACGGAUUUAAAUGUUUCACUAGCGGCUCUGGAGCUGUUGUCCGGAUUGGCACGCCUGCACAUACGUGAAACAGCAAGGAAAUUAGCAAAUGACGCUCUAGAGUGCAAGCGGGCAGUCAAGUGGAUAUGUGACUAUAUUUGCUAUCAAUGCUCUCGACCUCCGCCUGCCCACAGCAAGGAUCUGCACAGCACAAUCGUUGCAGCGUUUCAAUGUACAGCAGCAUGGCUGAUGCAGCAUCCAUACUUGCUGCAGGAUAAAGAUUGCCUGCAAACAGUCCUGGAGGUUGUCGAGCUGGGUAUAUCUGGUACGAAAAGCCAAAGCAAAAAUGGCGAUUUACCCAAAUUCAAAGAUGAAAAAGAACUUAAGCCUGCUUCAAUGAGAGUUCGUGACGCGGCAGAGAAUCUGCUUACAAUUAUACUGGAGCAGGUCGGCUAUUUCCCAAGCGAGUGCGGCCCAGAGUCCAUAUCUUCACUCUUAAAUGAACUGGCCUUAAUCAAACAUUGCACGCAUCCGACUGGAGAUGGAUCUGUUGGUGUUUGCAACACUGAGCAAGCAAUUUCCAAGUUUAAGUAUUUUGUUACCGAAAACUCGACUAUUUUGGCGCUUCUAGAAGAGCCUUUAGGUAACGAUCAGGAUCCGCAACCAACAAUCACUCUCCUUAUAAGGGGUCCAUUUGGUCGACAUGCCUGGACCAUGCAACUGCGCCAUCUACCGCGCAGCAAGUCUGGCAUCAAGUACCAUGCCGUUAAUCCAGGUCGACCCAUACCCUUGAAUGACAUAACACAACGUCCCGAGUGUGAGCAAAAAAAUUUCCCCGAAGGUGUUGAUAAAGUGCAGCCCUGCGUGGCCGACUACUCAAUACCAACCAUUGAACAAAUACGUGAGCAGUAUGGUGCCAGUAUAAUAGGUGAUUUGGAAGCAAUGCUUGAAAACCAAAGCAUACAUGAGAAGCUAGCUUGGGCAGAAUCUGACAAUAGCAUGGACAGUCUGUCACAUGCUCAGGAAUGCAUACCUCCCGCUGUCUGCCACGAGUUCCACGCGGCUCGUCUGUUUCUAUCUCACUUUGGUUUCCUUAACUUUGAGAUACGUAAUCCGCAGAAUCCAAAUGAAUCUUUGGGAGCACCGCCGCAAAGGCCACUGAUUGUACUCGACACGACAGCCAGCGCUUUUGCUGCAGACUUAGAGAAUCUAGAUAAACUCAGCGCUCGCACACACGAUACUGUUUAUGUAUUCUACGUAAAGGCGGGUCAGACAAGUGCGUCUCAAAUAAUUGCCAAUAUGGCAGAGGAUCAGACAUAUGACUCACACUUUGCCAACAUGCUCCAAACAUUAGGUUGGCCAGUUCAGGUGGCGGAUCACUCGGGAUGGACUGGCUUCGUACACAAUUCAUGGUCCCUCAAAAACACAACGGAAUCGACAGAUCGCAAUCAAUCAAAUGUAUCUAACGAAUUGUCCUAUAAUGGCGCGCAACAUGUACUUUAUUGGGCGGAUGUGUCCGCUGAGAUAGCUUUUGUAGUACCCAAUGCUUGGAAUAUGCGCUAUAAUAGUGACAUUGACAGCUGUAGCCUGUCCAGCAAUAUCAGCGACCAGAGCACGGCAAGCAAUGUAUGGAUGCGCGGAGAGGAUACUGGGCCUUUAAAGUCGAAGCCAAGAAAUCUCAGCUUAGAGCUUGACACUGGCAGUAGAAACAAGGAACCAAUACCACCCACUCGACGAAAGGGUACUGUUUCGAAGCCUGCGUUGCUCGCUCAAGCUCCAACAAAGAUAUUUCUCGUAUGGCUGGAGAGCUUUGAGGAUUAUUUGAAUUUCCCUGUUGAAGAUCUUCUGGCCUACGCACGCACUGGAGAAGAGCUACAUUCAAUGCAAAUGCCAAAAGCAGCUGAUUGCCAUGUGAUUUUUGUACAUUCUCUGCAGUCUGGUUUGCUGCGAGUAAAACUCUUGGGACCAUCUGGACGCAUGAGCUUUGCUACACCACUUGUCGACGGCAUGGUGCUCAGUCGUCGUAUUGUGGGCAAUUUGGUUCGUCAAACGGCGCUAAACAUAUCACGGCGCAGACGUUUAGAUAACGAUAAUUACCAACCACCACACGUGCGUCGUCGCUUGAAGGUUCAGGACAUAGUCCAAAAGUACAAAAUGGAUCUGACCGAAGCAGAGCUCCUGGCGCAUUUGUUCCACCGCUCCAUUUAAAUCGAAUCAACUAACAAUAAGUUAACUUAUUUUACUGGUAUUGGCGCUAUUCUAAAUGCAUUUCAAUGUAUUAGGCUAAAAUAAACUAACAAAGUUAGGUUCUCAAAAACACAAGCAAACAAACAAGUUAACUUUUAAGCUAUAAAGUCGCACCUUGUCUCAACUAGCUAGCCACUUUUGCCUCAUCGCCCACAUGCUAACAAGACGCGAUUAAAGCAUUUACAGAAAGCGCAAAUUCCGUACUGAAAUAACCCAACCACUACGUACAACUCAUAGAGGCUGGCCUCGAAUGCAGGCAGGCUGCAUCUAUUUUUGACCGCAACUGCACAACGGCAGCAAAAGGCCUCUGCGUGUUAUUGCAAUAUUUCUCAAAAGAUAAGAAUGCGACUAUAGCUGGGCUUGGGUGCAUGCCGAAGCUGAACGUUUGACGCUAACAUUUUAGAUCAUACACAAAUAAAAUCGGG